GGAAACCGUAGGCAGAGAGGGAGAAGAGGACUACAAAUGAGGGGCUGUGACAGGCUGUUGCGUCGGAGUGUCACCUACUGAGUCAUCAGGAGGCUGCAUAUAUCAGGAAGAAUGCUUUGGAAUUGAAAAAUUGGUAGUUGCUCUUGCACAAAUAGAUGGGCAACGGCAUGACCGGUAGGCAAGCGACGAUGAAUAGAUUUCGGUUGCUUUACUUGAUUCAAGCAAUUGGAAUCGGCUCCGGUAUCUUCUUGCUUGAACGAGGGCGGCGGCAGCUAUGGGAACACGCACCACGACUCCGAGAAAUUGUCCUAGCAGAGGACGAAAGAAUCCUCGCUGAGUACAAAUGGCGAAGUGAUAAUGGUGGGGACUUCAAGAAGCAAAGCGAACGAUAUGCUGUACCCACUUCUCUGACUGUACCAUUACCGUCAAUGAUCGUAGUGACUGCUGAGACCCACUCAGUCUGGUAGUGACGGAGAAGACACGAGUUGAUGAGGACGGCGCUACCAUACAACAACUGAUGCUUCGCCAGUUGUGUGUGUUUGUACAGAUAAUCGCAGAGGAUACGGGAGUGUAAAUUUCUGUGCUUUCGAAAAUUAGAAACGCAAUGUAAUGGGACGCUGGACCGCUUUCCAGCAGGUGAUGCUCCCCACCAAUAGAUGGAGACUUCCCAGGCAGAUCACACUCAAGGAGGCUGCUCUUAUCACCUCCUUGAUUGGGACCCUGUACCGAAGUUUACGAACCCCCCCCCCCCUGGAAAAAAAAAGAGGAGUGUUUUUGAGAUGGCCAUGGCACCGAUGACGUGAGGGUGACACCGAGCGCAAUGAAAUUGGCUGGGAAUGGACUGCUGCUGCUGCUGCUGCUGGUGCGGUCAGGCUGGGCCGGCAAGUUGGAACCUGUGUGGAGAGGGAGGUGGUACUAUUCUUAAAAAAAAAAGGAUAUAUCUGCAUCGAGGGCUAAAGUGACGGGUAUGUGAAUAACGGACGAAACAGUGAAUAACGGAAGAAACAUAAUACAUAUGCUGGUGGUAAAUGCACAAUGGGGGCAAAUUUGAAAUUUGUCUGUGUCCAGACGGACAUGGCGGUUGGCUGAAAGAGGAAGCAGCAGCUCAUCAUUAGCUGUUUGAAUUGGACUAGCUUUGUACUGUGCUUUAUUCCACCGUAACGCCCGGUCAUUCUCGCUGCAUCUGGACUGAAAGUUGUGCCCAAUACAGAUAUAACGACCGGGCGUUCUAUUCUGGUGAAGAUGCGGUCAUUCUCGCUGCAUCUGGACUGAAAGUUGUGCCCAAUACAGAUAUAACGACCGGGCGUUCUAUUCUGGUGAAGAUGGUUGUGCUGGCACUCCUUCUCAGUGAUGGGCAGCAGCACUUUAUAAGUUUAUAUAUGAUAUGAUGCUGAGGAUGAUCAGCGCUGGUUAAGAUUAUAACCUUUUGUUGAUGUAUAUUGCUUAUCUGCCAGCCAGCUCCCCCCUUGUCCACCCGGUGGCCGAAUCGGUGCGCCGCGCGGGUCCAUGUGCAUUUGCGUCAGAGCUUCCCCAGAG